AUGUCAACGCCACAACCUCUAUAUUAUAAAAAUAUGUCAAGAUGUGUCAUUAUUGGUUGUAAAUCCAAAGGUCUAGUAUGCCAUCGUUUUCCAAAUCCAAACAGAUACUUGGAAAGACUUCUAAAAUGGAUUGAUAUCAUUGGUUUGGAUAAAAGUGAUGCAUUAUCUAUUUACCAAAAAAAGGUAAUUUGUGCUGAUCAUUUUGAGGACAGUUGUUCGAGUCCGGGCACAAAACGUCUCAACGUUAAUGCCUAUCCAACAUUGAAUCUACCAGGUCAACAGUUAUUACCAGUAGAAGAUAUAACAGUACCAGCAAAUGUUAGUACUUCAAAUGUCAAAAUUCAUAAAGUUGCUGAUAUUAAUGUAUCUGGCUCUGAAGUUGCUGAUAUUAAUGUAUCUGGCUCUGAAGUUAAUGAUCUAAAUGUAUCUGGCUGUGAACUUUUUGAAAAUGAAUUUGAAAACACACCUUCCAAUUGCAAAAAUUUAAAAGUUUCUCCAUCCGUACUACGUGUAAUGAGAUUGUUAUGUAGUAUUGGUGUUAAAAAUAAAAGGCAACUUACUCCAAAAUGUUUGAAACUGUAUAACGCAACAAAUAUUUUGUUAAAAAAAUGUAGGCGUGCCAACAGCCAAAAAUGUCUUUUUAAAGACAGACUGAAAGCAGCAGAAACACUUAAUGAUAAUUAUUUGACCGAUAAAUCUUCAAAUAAAAUAAAUGCAGCCACUUCAUUGUUUAUGAAACUGCAGGUUAGAGAGACAAAUAAGGCAAGUCGUAGACGAAGAUUUAGUAUUGAUGAAAAAAUGUUAAGCCUAUCAUUGUAUAAAAGGAGUCCUAAAUGCUAUGGGAUGUUAUCAAAACUUUUUACUUUGCCUAGUAAAAGGACACUCAACACAAUUUUAUCAACGGUAUCUAUUCGGCCUGGAAUUUCCCCUCUUGUGAUGAGUGUACUCAAAGAAAAUGUAAAGAAAUUGAAACCAAUUGAGCGAUUUUGUUCAAUUAUAUUUGAUGAAGUGUGCUUAAAUGGUGGACUGCAAUUUAAUUCGACCACUGAUGUUAUUGAUGGUUUUGUUGAUUCUGGAGAUAAUAAGAGUCAACUGCUUGCUGAUCACGCUCUUGUAUUUAUGGUUCGUUUAAUUAAAAAAAAAUUUAAGCAGCCAGUAUCCUAUACAUUUUGCCAAGGAGCUACCAAACAACAUGAUCUUGUGCAGCAAUUGAGAGAAGUAAUUUGUCAAGUCCAAGCAACUGGUUUAUGUGUAGUUGCCACAAUAUGUGAUCAAGGAUGUGCAAAUGAAGGUGCUAUAAAUAUUUUGAAAAAUGAAACUAAAUCAUAUUAUGUAAAACAUCAAAAAGAUUACCGGGAUGACAUUUAUGAAAUUGAAGUUAAAUCUGACGAUGGUGUAGAACGCAUUCCUAUUGUACAUUUGUUUGAUGUACCCCAUCUUUUAAAAUGUACAAGAAAUAACUUAAUGACCAAAGAUUUAUGCUUCUCUUCUGAUGGGGUCAAACGAAUUGCUAAAUGGGAUCAUUUAAGACAAUUGUAUGAUACUGACAGUCUCAUAGCGGACUGUAAAGUGCUUCAUCGUUUGACUGACAACCAUGUUAUACCGGAAAAGGUACCAAAAAUGAAGGUUCGAAAUGCCACACAAGUGUUCAGUCAGCGGGUAUCUGCAGUUAUGAACUUUCUUGCUUCUAAAAAUAUCAUUGACCCAAAAGCUUCUGACACAGCAGCUGCCUUUUUAUUUUUUGAUAAGCUGUUCGAUUCCUUAAAUGGCUCAUUCGAUUAA